AUGCAUAAUGGUCUCCGCCACAGAAUCGCCAUCGGUAAAUUUGUGAAAGAGUUCGGAGUCAAGUCGUACGACCAUAGAUCAAGGAUGAUGACUGGAAUGACGUACGACUGUGGCUAUGAGCAAGUGGCAAGAAAAUUUGUACACCAGGAAAAAUCGUAUUAUCAGACAAGAAUGUUCAAUGUCAACCACUGCUUCAAGAAGAAUAUUCCACGAAACACUACGUUGGAACAAAUGAUAAUUAAAUGUUUUCUUCAGUGGCUGACUGAAACUGGUCCCAGACAACGAUUGAUGUACCAGAUAUCAUAUUACAUGGGAUGCGCCCUAACCGACGCGAUCAAUAAGGAUUCGACAUGGAAUUUCGGAAUGGUCUGCGUCUAUACUAACGUUAGACAUAAGUUUGAUCCAAUCACAGUGCCGCCGUGGGGAAAACCGUGCAACGUGAGUCGUGACUGUCCUGGGUAUUUUCUAUAUCAUACCGAAUGCAAAAUCAACCUCUGCUUCGUUCCACCAAGAGAUUACUUGAGAAUGUAA